AUGGCAGAGAUAGAUUCAGUUGUGCCCCCUCUUCCGCCACGGUAUCGCUUCAGGGAUCUGCUGCUGGGAGACCAGUACUUUCAAAAUGAUGACAGACUGUAUUCCGAAGAGUACAGUAUGGAUUCCACCAAUGCACAGGUGCAAGUAGAGUUUUACGUCAAUGAAAACACCUUUAAGGAGAGGUUGAAGCUAUUUUUCAUCAAAAACCAAAGGUCAAGUCUUAGAAUUCGCCUCUUCAAUCUCUCCUUGAAGUUGUUGACGUGCUUGCUCUACAUCCUGCGAGUGUCACUGGAUGACCCGACCACACAGGAUCCAUGUGCACGCCUGUGGGGGAUUCUUUGUGUUUCAUAUACAUUCAGUAUAGAAUCCACAGAAAUCAACUGGGAGUUGAUUUUUUGGGUGAAUAGAAAGGUUCCUGUAUGGGCAAUACAGGUGACUGUGGCCUUAAUUAGUUUCCUGGAAACCAUGCUCCUGACAUAUCUCAGCUACAAAGGGAACAUUUGGGAGCAGAUUUUCCAGAUCUCCUUCAUACUCGAAAUGAUCAACACAGUGCCAUUCAUUAUUACAAUCUUCUGGCCUCCAUUGAGGAACAUAUUUGUUCCUGUGUUUCUGAACUGUUGGCUUGCCAAAUCUGCAUUAGAAAACAUGAUUAAUGAUUUCCACCGUGCUAUUCAGCGCACACAUUCUGCCAUGUUUAACCAGGUCCUCAUUCUCAUCUGCACACUCCUCUGUCUUGUCUUCACCGGGGCCUGUGGGAUCCAACACUUGGAGAGAGCAGGGAAGAACCUGACUUUGUUUGACUCUCUUUAUUUCUGCAUUGUCACCUUCUCCACUGUGGGUUAUGGCGAUGUCACCCCACGGAUCUGGCCCUCCCAACUUCUGGUGGUCAUCAUGAUCUGUGUCGCUCUCGUGGUCCUCCCAUUACAGUUUGAGGAACUUGCUUAUCUGUGGAUGGAAAGACAAAAGUCAGGGGGGAACUAUAGCAGACACCGGGCUCAGACAGAAAAGCAUGUGGUGCUUUGUGUCAGCUCACUCAAGAUCGAUCUGCUUAUGGACUUCCUUAAUGAGUUCUAUGCUCAUCCCAGACUACAGGAUUACUAUGUGGUUAUACUCUGCCCUACGGAGAUGGACAUCCAGGUGCGCCGGGUGCUGCAGAUUCCCCUAUGGUCUCAAAGGGUGAUUUAUCUCCAGGGAUCGGCUCUGAAGGACCAGGAUCUAAUGAGAGCCAAAAUGGACGAUGCAGAGGCCUGCUUUAUCCUCAGUAGCAGGAAUGAAGUGGACCGCACAGCAGCUGAUCACCAGACUAUCCUGAGAGCGUGGGCAGUGAAGGACUUUGCUCCAAAUUGUCCUCUGUACGUGCAGAUCCUCAAACCUGAGAACAAAUUCCAUGUCAAAUUUGCAGAUCAUGUGGUCUGUGAAGAGGAGUUCAGAUAUGCAAUGCUAGCUCUGAACUGUGUGUGUCCAGCAACGUCCACCCUGGUUACUCUGCUGGUUCACACAUCACGCGGACAGGAGGGUCAGCUCUCUCCAGAACAAUGGCAGAGAAUGUACGGUCGCUGCUCUGGUAAUGAGGUGUACCACAUCCAUCUGGCAGACAGCAAGUUUUUUGGAGAAUAUGAUGGGAAGAGCUUCACCUACGCAUCCUUUCAUGCCCAUAAAAAGUACGGAGUAUGUCUAAUUGGAGUAAAAAGGGAGGACAACAAGAGCAUCCUCCUUAACCCUGGGCCUCGUCACAUUAUGGCUGCUACUGAUACUUGCUACUACAUUAACAUCACCAAAGAGGAGAACUCUGCCUUUAUUUUUAAAGAGGAGGAGAAGCAUAACAAAGGUCUGCCAGUGACAGGACUAUAUGAUGCCCCCUCUCGCCUACCCGUACACAGCAUCAUCGCUAGCAUGGGGACGGUGGCCAUUGAUCUACAGAAUCCAGCUCCUGCAGAGGACAGCAACAAGUUGACUUUACCCACUGAGAACGGAGCAGGGAGCCGGCGCCCAAGCAUCGCCCCCGUUCUGGAGCUCGCUGAUUCCUCUGCCAUCCUACCUUGUGACCUCCUCAGCGACCCUUCAGAGGAUGAGACUAACCAAUCAGAUGAGGAAGGAACGCCAGCCCUGGAAUACGUGAAGGGAUAUCCACCUAAUUCCCCCUAUAUAGGAAGUUCUCCAACCCUUUGCCACCUUCUGCAGCAAAAGGCUCCAUUUUGCUGCCUGCGACUUGAUAAGGGUUGUCGACAUAACAGUUUCGAAGACGCCAAGGCUUAUGGUUUCAAGAACAAACUCAUCAUUGUGUCUGCAGAGACUGCAGGGAAUGGCUUAUACAACUUCAUUGUCCCCCUUCGCGCCUACUACAGACCCCGAAAGGAGCUGAACCCCAUAGUGCUGCUCUUAGAUAACCCGCCAGAUAAUCAUUUUCUGGAGGCCAUCUGCUGGUUCCCAAUGGUGUAUUUUAUGGUUGGAACCAUUGACAAUUUAGAUAAUUUACUGCAGUGUGGGAUUAUCUAUGCUGACAAUCUGGUGGUGGUGGAUAAGGAGAGCACUAUGAGUGCUGAAGAAGACUACAUGGCAGAUGCCAAGACCAUUGUUAAUGUGCAGACUAUGUUCAGGUUGUUUCCCAGUCUGAGUAUUAUUACAGAGCUCACACACCCCUUCAACAUGCGUUUCAUGCAGUUCAGAGCCAAGGACUGCUACUCACUGGCUCUCUCCAAACUGGAGAAGAUAGAGAGAGAUAAGGGAUCAAAUCUAGCCUUCAUGUUUCGUCUUCCCUUUGCUGCAGGACGAGUUUUCAGUAUCAGUAUGCUUGAUACACUCCUUUACCAAUCGUUUGUGAAGGACUACAUGAUUCCCAUUGCCAGGCUCUUGCUCGGUUUGGACACCACUCCAGGAUCAGGCUACCUCUGUGCAAUGAAAGUGACUGAAGAGGACCUGUGGAUCCGAACCUAUGGAAGACUGUUUCAGAAGCUCUGUUCAUCCAGUGCAGAAAUCCCCAUUGGAAUCUACCGCACAGAAUCCCACAUGUUCUCUUCAUCAGAGUCUCAGAUGUCAGUCAACGUAGAAGACUGCGAAGACGCCAGGGACAGACGGGAGUCCUGGAAAGAGAAAACGGCCCAUCGGAACUCUACAGGGAGUGACCAAUCAGAGCAUCCGCUCUUGCGGAAGAAGAGCAUGCAGUGGGCCCGACGGCUCAGCAGAAAGAGCGCCAAAGCACCGAGCCGUGCGGAACGCAUCUCCCAGCAGCGGCUGAACCUGUACCGACGCUCCGAGAGGCAGGAGCUCUCUGAGCUUGUCAAAAACCGCAUGAAGCACCUGGGCUUACCCACCGUUGGAUAUGAGGACGUAUCUAAUUUAACUGCGAGUGAUGUGAUGAAUCGGGUAAAUCUAGGAUAUUUGCAAGAUGAAAUGAAUGACCACCAGAAUACACUGUCAUACGUGCUGAUCAACCCUCCGCCGGACACCAUUCUUGAGCUUAAUGAUAUUGUGUACAUAAUUCGCUCAGAUCCACUGGCACACAUGCCAGAGGAUCUGCCAGGCAGACAGCAGAGUGCCAAAAUGAAGCAAGACUACAACACGGAAACACGAGACGAGACGCAUCUCUGA